UUUUAAGCGCGGAGAGAUACGCUGGUUGAGGCGAAGGCUUGGGCGUAUUUAUUCACAGGAGAGGCGGGAACUACCUCAGUGGUGCAGCAACCUCAGACGUAAUAGUGUGUCUCUUCUUAUCUCACAUUCCAUCACUUGAUUUACAUUCCAGUCAUGCCUGAAGAAACCAUGGAUGAUGUGGAAACCUUUGCCUUCCAGGCAGAGAUUGCCCAGUUAAUGUCUCUGAUCAUUAACACAUUCUACAGUAAUAAAGAAAUCUUUCUCAGGGAAUUGAUAUCCAAUUCAUCAGAUGCCUUGGAUAAAAUCAGAUAUGAAUCUCUAACGGAUCCUUCAAAGUUGGACUCUGGCAAAGAGUUGUUCAUCAAACUUGUGCCCAACAAAAAUGACCGAACCCUUACUAUAAUUGACAGUGGCAUUGGCAUGACUAAGGCAGAUCUUGUAAACAACCUGGGAACUAUUGCAAAGUCGGGCACAAAGGCUUUUAUGGAAGCUUUGCAAGCUGGGGCUGACAUUUCUAUGAUUGGUCAGUUUGGUGUGGGUUUCUACUCUGCUUACCUGGUAGCUGAUAAGGUGACGGUGAUCUCAAAGAACAAUGAUGACGAACAGUACAUUUGGGAGUCCUCUGCAGGGGGUUCCUUUACAGUCCGCACAGAUCAUGGAGAGCCACUUGGCAGAGGUACAAUGAUCACUCUAAGCCUGAAGGAGGACCAAACUGAAUAUCUAGAGGAAAGGCGCAUCAAAGAAAUAGUGAAAAAGCAUUCCCAGUUCAUUGGCUAUCCCAUUAAACUUGUGGUAGAGAAGGAGAGGGACAAGGAAGUGUCUGAUGAUGAAGAGGAGGAAAAAGAAGAGAAGGAUAAGGAUGAGAAAGAUGAGAACAAGGAAAAAGAAGAUGAGAGUAAAGAGAAGGAUGAAGAAAAACCAAAGAUAGAAGAUAUUGGUGAAGAUGAAGAUGCUGACAAAAAAGAUGGAGCUAAGAAAAAGAAGACUGUAAAAGAAAAGUACACUGAAGAUGAAGAGCUAAAUAAAACUAAGCCUCUUUGGACUCGCAACCCUGAUGAUAUUUCUCAGGAAGAAUAUGGAGAGUUUUACAAAUCUCUAACCAAUGACUGGGAGGACCACUUGGCUGUUAAGCACUUCAGUGUCGAGGGCCAGCUAGAGUUCCGUGCUUUGCUCUUCCUACCUCGUCGAGCUCCAUUUGAUCUCUUCGAGAACCGCAAGCAGAAGAACAAGAUAAAGCUCUAUGUUCGUAGGGUAUUCAUUAUGGAAAAUUGUGAAGAACUCAUCCCAGAAUAUCUUAACUUCUUGAAUGGUGUUGUAGAUUCGGAAGAUCUGCCUUUGAACAUUUCGAGAGAGAUGCUUCAGCAAAAUAAGAUCCUAAAAGUGAUCCGGAAGAACUUGGUGAAAAAAGCUCUUGAAUUGUUUGAAGAAUUGAUUGAAGACAAGGACAACUACAAGAAAUUCUAUGAAAACUUCUCUAAGAAUAUUAAGCUAGGCAUCCAUGAAGAUUCUACAAACCGCAAGAAGUUGGCAGAAUUUCUGCGGUACCACACAUCUGCUUCUGGUGAUGACAUGUGUUCACUGAAGGAUUAUACCUCCCGCAUGAAGGACAAUCAAAAGCACAUCUACUACAUCACUGGAGAAAAUCGUGAGCAGGUACACAACUCUGCCUUUGUGGAGAGAGUUAAGAAGAGGGGCUUUGAAGUAAUUUACAUGACAGAACCAAUUGACGAGUACUGUGUUCAGCAGCUGAAAGAAUAUGAUGGUAAACAGCUUGUCUCUGUCACCAAGGAAGGUUUGGAGCUCCCAGAAGAUGAGGAAGAGAAAAAGAAGUUUGAAGAUCAGAAGUCAAAGCUGGAGAACCUUUGCAAAGUGGUAAAGGACAUCCUGGACAAACGGGUAGAAAAGGUGGUUGUGAGCAACCGUCUUGUGACUUCUCCCUGCUGCAUAGUGACUUCACAGUAUGGGUGGACAGCCAACAUGGAACGAAUCAUGAAAGCCCAGGCCUUGAGAGAUACUUCUACCAUGGGCUACAUGGCUGCCAAGAAGCACCUAGAGAUCAACCCAGACCACAGUAUUAUAGAAACCCUCAGACAGAGGGCUGAUGCAGACAAAAAUGACAAAUCUGUUAAGGAUCUAGUUAUGCUUCUGUUUGAGAGUGCCCUCCUGUCGUCAGGCUUUACCCUUGAGGAUCCUGGUGUACAUGCUGGACGUAUUUACAGGAUGAUUAAACUUGGCCUGGGUAUUGAAGAGGAUGACGCUCCAACGGAAGAGACUGGUGAAGCUAGUGUUGAGGAAAUGCCACCUCUUGAGGGAGAUGAUGAGGAUGCAUCAAGAAUGGAAGAAGUGGAUUAGGAGGAAGUGGACUAGGGGUUAUCAAACGUACCAAAGUUCAUCUCAUUAUCAUCCUGUCUCAAAUUUCUCAUCGAGCCUUAUUUCAAGGCUUGAAAAGUCAGCUAUUUAUCAUUCCAAUGCAACAUUCAGUUAAGUUUAAGUUUUUCUGUUGUAGGACAUUACAUUGUAAAUAUUUUCGUUAAUAAGUUUUGUAUAAAAGGAAUUCUGAAGUUUCUAUUCCCUUAAAAUGCGUAACUGAAUGUACUGUCAAUUAUGGCCUAUACUUAAGGGGUAGUGAAAGUAGCUAAAAUCCAGCAUUACAGGAAGUUACCUUUAAAGUGAACUGUUACUCUGCCUAAAGCGGUGAUUUUUAACUGCUACCUUAGUAAAAUAAUUCAGUACAUUAGCUCUCCAUUAUUUGAAAUUGUGUAGUUUAUAGAAGUAAACGAUAUUACGCGA